AUGUCUGAUAAUGAACAGCCUCAGACAGAGGUAACUAAUCGACCUGAGACAAAGGAAAAUAAAGUAAACGAUAAUUUAUCUCCUCAGACUUCAAACACAUCAUCAUCACCACAAGAUAAAGAGUCCAAAAAGGUAUAUACUAAGCCAAUAUAUAACAAGACAGAAAGAUCCAAUAACUAUAACAACCGUUAUAAUAAUGGCUCUAAUUAUAAUAAUAACCGAAAUUCGUACAAUGGCAAUUCAUCCGGUUACAACAAUAACCGUGCAUCUCAACAAAAAGGAAAUAGGUAUAUUAACAGUAAUGGAUCAUUCUAUAAUAAUGGCGUGAAUGGUUAUAAUAGGAAUUCAGUUAGUUACAAUCAACAAAAUGGAACAGUCCCAUCUGCAAAUAUGGGUUGGAAUAACUAUUAUAUGCAACCAAUGUACUAUGUUCCUCAACAAAUGGCAAUGAUGAAUGGUGUUAUGUACAUGGACCCUAAUCAAUAUGUCCCCCAAGAUCAGAACCAAAGUCGUAGGGAAUUAAUGAAUAAGGACACUUCCCCAUCUAGUGAUGUUUCCACAGAUAGCAUAGAAAAUGAAAAAGAUAAAAAAGAAAAACCACGUACUAAGAUCGAAAUCACAACAAAGACAGGUGAAUUACUAAAUCUGAAGAAAAUCCAUGAGGGAAAUGCCCACCAAGAUGACGAUAGUCAUAAGAAUAAAUUAGACAGAGAAAAUGAAGCUCACACGUUUCCUAACAGUGUAGAAGGCAGCCCUGACGAAAGUGACGAGAAAGAAACUGUCAAAGAGAAAGAGACAGAAGCUGAGAGGAAUAAAAAAAUGUUUUUGGAACAAGUUAGACUGCGUAAGUUGGCUUUGGACGCUAAAAAUAUGCCACCAAGGUCCACUACAACAGAAAAUAAAGCAGAAACCUUCUUAAAGACAGAAAUCAAAAAUGCAAUCAAAUCAGCAGAUGAAAUAGAAAAAGCUGUCGAGAUAGACGAAAAAUCUCUAGCUGAAGGAGAAGAGGAACACAAUUUUGAAAUUUCCAAAAAUCUUCAUGAGGAACAACCACCCACGACUGAUAAGCAUGUACAAAUUGAGACCCCAUCCCCUGGAUCAGAUGUUGAACAGAAUGAACUCGACGAAGAGGUCGAAGUAACCAAAGAGAAAACAGAUGCUACUGGCCUAAGUAAUGAGGAUAUAUCUCUUGGCGUAGAUGACGAUAGUGAGAGGUUGAGUAUGUCACAAAUGCUGCAAAGAUUAAAAGAGGUACCAGCGAUCGAGGAUAUUUACCAAUUUGCAUACCCUGAACCAUUUACAGCAUCUGAAAGCCAGUAUAAAAAAGAACACAUCAAAUACACAUAUGGGCCACUUUUCUUACUUCAAUUUAAAGAUAAGAUUAGAGUAAAGGUUGAUCCAGAGUGGAUUUCAUCGACAAGGUCGAAAAUUGUUAUCCCCGUCAGUAACAACAACCGUUUUAAAGGUAGAGAUAAUUCCAGAAGAAAUCCAUCAGGGCGAAAUGCUGAUGAUAGAAUGACGAGUUCUCGUGAUUCCUCUAGAAGACAAUCAAAGAGGUUCGACGAUAGAAGAUCUAAUAGGACAACAUACACAUCUCGUAGAGAUCGUGAAAGAGCAGCUAUGAUUAAUAAUCGUGACGCACACCAACAACCUGAGAAACCAAAGGAGGAUGUUGCUCCACUAGUUCCAACCGCUAACAGAUGGGUUCCAAAAUCUAGGCAAAAGAAGACCGAAAAGAAAUUUGCGCCUGAUGGUGUUACUGAGUUAUUGACACCUGAUGAAGUUGUCAGCAGAAUGAAAUCCCUAUUAAAUAAGCUAACUUUAGAGAAAUUUGACACAAUCUCUGCUGACAUUCUAGCCAUUGGUAAUUUAUCCAAAUGGGAAUCGGAUGGCACGACACUUCAAAAUGUUAUUACACAAAUAUUCAACAAGGCCACUGAUGAACCAUAUUGGUCAUCUAUGUAUGCACAAUUAUGUGGUAAGUUGGUAAAGGAACUAGACGAAGGAAUCAUCGAUGAAAAUCAAGAAGGUAAAUCAGGCCCAAAGUUAAUAUUGCAUUACUUGGUGGAUAUAUGUCAUACUGAGUUCGAAAAGGGUUGGAUUGAUAAGUUGCCAACAAAUGAGGAUGGAUCUCCAUUAGCUCCUGAAAUGAUGUCUGAUGAAUACUACGAAAUGGCAACCGCUAAAAGAAGAGGGUUAGGUCUUGUGCGUUUUAUUGGUUUCUUAUACCGUCUAAAUCUCUUAUCAGGAAAGAUGAUGUUCGAAUGUUUCCGUAGAUUAAUGAAAGAUUUGACAGAUAAUCCAUCAGAAGAGGUACUAGAGUCUGUAAUAGAACUGCUAAGUACUGUUGGUGAACAAUUUGAAGAUGAUUCGUUCAAUGUCGGUAAAGGUACACUGGAAGGUUCGGUACUACUAGAUAGUCUAUUUGGCCUAAUGUCCAAUAUUAUUAAUGAAGAUAAAGUGUCAAGUAGAAUCAAAUUUAAGAUGAUAGAUAUUAAGGAGUUAAGAGAAAACAAGAAUUGGAAUAGUGAAAAGAAGAAUGCAGGACCAAAGACUAUCCAAGAAAUUCAUCGUGAGGAAGAAAUUGCCCGUCAAUUAAAAAAUUCAAGAGGGCCACCUCAAAGGCGUAGUACUGGGGGCUCAUACCAUAACAACAAUAAUUAUUCAAGACAACACCAGUAUGGUAGUACUAGUCGUAGAAGAGAUGCACCAAGGGACAGCUUUACCUCCACAAGAACAACAUCUACUAGAUAUAGUAAAGGAGGGAACGUCCCUAAGGAAGAACCGAAGAGUCAACCUGCUCAGACAAAUAGAUUUAGCGCAUUAAUGCAUGAUAACGAUGAUGAUUAA